AUGUUGCUCUCUACUUCUGUGAACUCCAUCUCGUCCAUUCCUUCACCUGUGUACCAAUGCAAGAAAGCCUUCCUCCUGAACAUAGCUGUGAACUGCUCACUCACACGCCUGAACAUCUCUUGGAUCGAUGUCGAGUUCCCUAUGAAAGUGGAAGCCAUCUUCAGACCAGUAGGUGGGAUAUCGCAGACUGUUGAUUUAACAUUGUUGGGGAUCCACUCAACAAAGUAGGAAGAGUUCUUGUUCUGCACGUUCAGCAUCUGCUCGUCGACUUCCUUGGUGCUCAUUUUGCCACGGAACAUGGCUGAGGCUGUGAGGUAACGUCCGUGUCUUGGGUCAGCAGCACACAUCAUGUUCUUGGAGUCCCACAUUUGCUGGGUGAGCUCAGGGACUGUGAAGGAACGG